AUGAAAAGCCUCGACGCGGUCCUCCUUACUUCACAUUUCAAUUUUGAUACUGCAACGGUCUACUCUUUCUUUUUCUCCUUUCUUCUCCGCAAACUGCAUCGUCCAUCUCUUCCAAGCUUAAACCAAAUCGAAGCCUCAAUGGUUACCACCAAGGGAAAAUCGCGAGUCGGUUCAACACGACCCUCUGUAGGUGGACAAUCGCGUGCAACCGCAGGUGGUAAGAAUUUCAAGGUUUUUUCCGAUAAUGAUCGGAUUAAAGUUGGUGAUGGCUCCAUAAACAGUGCUAUAGCAGUUGGCAAGGAGAAAAAUAUCGGAACAUGUGACAAUGACACUUCUUCAAAUAUAAACCCGAGAAAAGCAUUGGCUGAUGUUAGCAAUGACCAAGGAAACUCUACAACAGCUGCUAAGCGUAGUAAUAUCUUCAAGGUUUCAGCAGGUUCAACCACUAAAAAAGUGGGUAUCCCUUUGAGGAAAUCCUUCACGGUUAAAGAGCAGAAAAAUACUAGUCAAGGUGGAGUUCAAUUAGAUGCUCCCAAUAGAGGCGUAGGUUUAAGGGUUCCUUUAGGUGGCCAGAAGAAUAGUUCAAAUGGAGGUCAGUCUGUUGCCUCAAAGGAUAGGUUCGGGAGGAAGCUUCUAUUACCUACAACUACAAGAACUUCAAGGAAGUCUCUGCCAGUUUUAGAUACAACAGGCAUAAGGAUUUUUUUAGGUGAUCGGAAGAAUAGCUCAAAUGGAGGUCAAUCAGUUGCGACGACAAAAGAUAGCACUUCAAGGAAGUCUCUGCCAGUUCCUAGGAGGGUAAACAGGGUAGAUACGAAUAACAAAAAGGAAAAUGCUGGAAGUUCUGAAACAUCCAAUAGCCAAAAUGGUCUACCAAGUAAGCUGACAACAGGCAGAAGGCUUAGUUCACAACUAAUCAACGCAAGGAGUCAUAGAUGGAAGACUCGAGUUAGUGACAGCUUUGUUCGAACGGUUACAAGUAAUGCUAACCAGGCAUCCUCAAGCAAUUCCACCAAGCCUAUUGUUAAGACCACACUCAAAUCUCAGAGGACUCUCAAAUCUAAAUCCAUAGCAAAUCAGAACUCAAAACCAACUACUGCCUUAACAUCUAAGGGUAAGGAAAAGGUUUCUUCUUCACUUCCUAAGGAUGAGGAAAAGGUUUCUUCUUCACUUCCUAAGGAUGAGGAAAAGGUUUCUUCUUCACUUCCUAAGGAUGAGGAAAGUGUUUCUUUGUCUCUUCCUGAGAAUAGUUCAGUGGUCAUUUCCGAUGGUGCAAAUCAAAGACAUCAACCAUCUGAUGGGGAUAGUAGUCUAAAAACAGAUUUGUCAGAGUUGAUUCCAAGAAAAAGUUCCAGCCGUCGGAAAUCUUAUACGACUUCACUAAUGGAAAAAUCUAAGAUUCUCAAGGAAAAUGGUGAAGUCAAGAAGCAGGAUAGCCUACCAAAUAUAGAUGAUGAAUGUAACCAUCUAGAAGUUUCUGAAUAUAUUGAUGAUAUAUAUCAUUACUAUUGGGUCACCGAGGCACAUAGUCAAGCUCUGUCAAAUUACAUGUCAAUUCAGACAGAGAUUACUCCUCAUAUGCGGGGAGUAUUGGUCAACUGGCUGAUUGAGGUACACUUCAAAUAUGAUUUGAUGCCAGAAACACUAUAUCUGACAGUGACAUUGUUGGAUCAAUAUCUUUCUCAAGUGACUAUAAAAAGGAGUGACAUGCAGUUAGUUGGUCUUACUGCACUUUUGCUGGCUUCGAAAUAUGAAGACUUUUGGCAUCCAAGGGUAAAGGAUUUGAUUAGUAUCUCGGCUGAAACAUAUACUAGAGAUCAAAUGCUUGGAAUGGAAAAGCUUAUUCUUAGAAAACUGAAGUUCCGUCUUAAUGCUCCCACUCCUUACGUUUUUAUGGUUAGGUUUAUCAAGGCUGCACAAUCAAAUAUGAAGCUUGAACACAUGGCCUUCUUUCUCAUUGACCUGUGCUUAGUUGAAUAUGAAGCCUUAGCAUUCAAACCAUCAUUACUAUGUGCAUCAGCUCUCUAUCUUGCUCGUUGUACCCUGCAAAUAACCCCAUCAUGGACACAACUCCUUCAAAAGCAUGCGCGUUAUGAAGUUUCACAGAUCAGGGAUUGUGCUGAUAUGAUGCUGAAAUUCCAUAAAACUGCUGGGAAGGGAAAGUUAACAGUGGCUUAUGAAAAAUAUUCCAGAAAGGAACUCAGUGCGGUAGCAGGGGUGAAACCGUUGGACAGACUUCCCCAUUAA